AUGUCGAAAUUGUGGAUGAGAUUAUUGCUCUUUGGAACGAUCACCGCAAAAGUACCCAAUUACAGUGCCACGCAAGUAAAUAGCAAGAUCAACGAGGUUCAGAAGCAAAUUGGCGCCAAAGAAAACGCCGAUGACCUUCUGAAAGAGAAGAUUGAACUUGAGAAGGAGAAGAAGGCGUUGGUAGAGUCCGCUGCUGAGAAAGAUGCGCUGCUCAGAACAAAGAUCAAGACGGUGGGAAACUAUGUACAUGACUCCGUCCCAGUGAGACAACAACGUGGUAGAACGCACGUGGGCACCGGAAGGUGUCAAAGUAGAGAAGCGCAAUGUCCUUUCUCACCACGAAGUUCUCCUCAGACUCGACGUUCCUCGGUCAGCGUGGAUAUACUGCCUUGCAGACGCCGCAAUUCAUGCUCAAGGAUUACAUGGGCAAGACCGCUCAGCUUGAAUAUGCUGGCUACAGUACAUGCUAUAGACGUGAAGCGGGUUCUCAUGGCAGAGACGCCUGGGGAAUUUACCAUCGAGCAAUUCCUCUUGACGGACCCAGAGAAGUCCUGGGACGCCUUUCAUGACAUGAUUGGAAUCUCGGAGGAUUUCUACAAAUCCCUCGGGUUGCCAUACCAGAUCGUAUCAAUCGUGUCCGGGGCGUUGAAUAACGCAGCAUCUAAGAAGUUGGACUUGGAGGCUUGGUUUCCUUUCCAAGGAGAAUACAAAGAACUUGUCUCUUAUUCGGCUCCAAGAUGCAGACUGACGUCAAGAAGAAGUAUGUGCACUGUCUCAACUCUACGCUGUGCGCGACCACCAGAGCAAUGUGUUGGCUUGACGGUUCCUGAACCUCUUCGCAAGUAUCUUCCUGGAGCCCCAGAGUUUAUACCCUUCGCCAAGGAGCUACCGAAGGAAUCUACCUCUCAGAAAUCUCUGCCUCAACGACCAAAGGGAGGCAAAUAG